AUGGCCGCUUUCCGCAGAGUGGCAGCGGCGGCGGGCAGGCUUAACCUCUGGUCGGCGGCGAGGAGCGAGCUGGUCGGCGGUCAGACGGCGAGUGGAGGCAGGGCUCGGAGAUGGCUGGCGGUCGGGACGUGCGUCGCGACCGGAGGCGCCGUGGCUCUUUACUUCUACGGUGAUAUGUGGAGCGACAGAGAGAGGAAGAGGAUGAGGAGGCGCAGCAUCAACGGUCUGCUGCCGUCCAUCCCGACGGUUGAAGCCAAGGAGAAGGCGCGUCCGUAUGACUUCGAGGAUGGAGACGUGUACAUGUCUUCCCACGAGUAUCGCUUCCGCAUGUUCAGCUCCGUGGAGUAUGAAGGACAGCUGUACAUGACCCCGCAGAAUUUCAUCGAGUCCGUUACCAUGAGUGAACCGAGAAACAAGAGGCCCUGGAGGUCCCUGACCAAACAGGAGCUGGAGAAGAUCCUGACAGACACUCCUCCAGUAUGGAGGGGAUCCUCCAAACUGUUCCGCAACCUGAGAGAACGAGGCAUCAUCUCAUACACAGAGUACUUGUUCCUGCUCUGCAUCCUGACAAAGCCUCACGCUGGCUUUAAGAUUGCUUUCAAUAUGUUUGAUGCAGACGGCAACCAGAUGGUGGACAAGAGGGAGUUCAUGGUGCUGCAGGAGAUCUUCCGGAAGAAAAAUGAGAAGAAAGGAAGGAAAGGAGAUGCUGAGAAGUCAGCGCAGUUGCGAGCAGAUGAGACCAUCACAAUUGACACCACGCUAUUGGUCCAUUUCUUUGGGAAGAAAGGAAAGGCAGAGCUUACCUUUGAUGACUUCUACAGAUUUAUGGAUAACCUGCAGACGGAGGUGCUGGAAAUCGAGUUUUUGACUUACUCGAAAGGGAUGACCAUCAUCAGCGAGGAAGAUUUUGCCAAAAUCCUGCUGCGCUUCACUAACGUGGAGAACAUCAGCGCCUACCUGGAGAAUGUCCGCCAGUGUAUACCUGAUGAAAAGGGAAUCACAUUUGAUGAGUUCAGAUCCUUCUUCCAGUUUCUCAACAACCUCGAAGACUUUGCCAUCGCCAUGCAGAUGUACAAUUUUGCUUCACGUUCCAUUGGACAAGAUGAGUUUGCAAGAGCAGUGUAUGUGGCCACGGGGCUCAAGCUGACGCGUCACCUUGUUCACACCAUCUUCAAGAUAUUUGACGUCGAUCACGAUGACCAGCUCUCGUACAAGGAGUUCAUCGGCAUCAUGAAGGACCGGCUGCACAGGGGAGCCAGGGUGAAGGGCCAACAGCACGCCUCCUUCUCCAGCUGUGUUCGCUCUGAGGCCAGGAGACAACUUCACCAGCUGCGGAGGAGGUACCAGGAGAAGCCGUAGAGGACAGAGGAAAAUUCUGCUGUGCUCCGACUUUAUUCAGUCAGCGGUCGAGUUAGCAGCAUUUGUUUUCAGCCACAAAAUCUUCCAUUGACUACCAAGUCAGAUAAUAACUAAAAGCAUGACUGUGCCACACCGGACUGAUGCUGUCAAUACUUAUAAUAAGCAACAUCAUUCCUUUUUCUGGUUGCUUUUUUCCCCCCCAGACAUCUAUUUUGAUUUGAUAUCAGUGAUUCAGAGUGUGAGUUGUAACUGAAAGAGCACAAGAACUAUGAAUUAAAUUCGAGGUCAUAUUAUCCAUGUAAAAUUAACAACAAUAAUUUAAAAAUAAAAUCUGCAAAAGACUAAACUAGCAGAAUGGAUUGAAGAUAUUGUAAAUAUGUAUUGUCCUCACCUUAUUUUAAUUAUACCAGCGUGUUUCCUCUUACAUUUUCUUCCAUACCAUCUAUCCACCUGCUUGUUAUUGCACUGAGAGAGUAUAUAAACACUACCGCUACAGUUAUAAAUGCAAUAUUAUCCUCAUAUUACAGCAGCACUUGAGAUGUCUUUGGGUUGGAUGUGACAACAUACAGUUGGAAUGACAAAGGAAGAGUUCUUUUAUGUUAACAUUCAAUAUUUUAUGUGACUGAAUCCUUCAUGUCUUAACCUGUUUUGUGUUUGAAAGGCUUAGGUGCAUGUACCUCAUAGAUACCCACAUCGGUGCCUUCUAUCCAUUCCCCUUGUCAUCCGGAAACCUGUCACAGUAACCCAGACUUUUGAAGCAGUUAAUUAACACUGUGUAGCUGUUAGCAGCAACAGAAUGGCCAAACGUGUGCAAUUAUUACUUUAUUUGUGUUAUAUGUGAUUAGUAUUACCCAGAGGCAUUGCUGAAUGUUGGGUAAACCGGGAUAAGACGCCUCCCUUAAGAACAAUGUCUGUUUGCUUUUCAAAUAUAUAUAUAUAUAUAUUGAAUUUCAAUAUUUACACAGGAAGUAUGCUGAAGUAAACACAUUUUGAGGGUAAUUACAUCAUACCAGACUAUAACUUCAUUCUAAACCAUUAAAAAAUCCUGGAAAAGGCGGCAUCUUCCUUGGGUCAAGGGGAUAAUGCAAGCUUAUUUAUAUGCAAGACUAACUUUAUUGUGAAAUGUUGAUGUGACUCUUAUUUUAACUGCAAUAUAAAUGUUUGACAUAUAUAGACAUAUAUAAAAAUGGUUUUGUUGUUGGCUGUUAAUUUAGAAAUUCUAGGCUUAGGACAGAAGCUAUGACUUUUAUUAUAAUCUGUAUUACUAUUGAAAUUCCUGACUUAACAAUGUCAGGUCACCGGGGAUGCUUUGCCUACAGUAGAAAGAAAUUCUUUUGGAGGAAAAGCAUCCCCGUAAAAGCAUUUUUAAUCUUUUUGUUCAUUUGUUUUGUUCAAACUAGUAGAUAAGUUUGACUGUCGUGUGAACAGUACAAGGAUUUCAGUGCUUUUCAAAAGAUCAGCAAGGCCACUGUCAUCAAAAAACCUGAAAUGAAAAAUGUGCUGUAUAUAGUGGUAAGGAGAGUGAAAUGUUGGGGGGUUGUUACCCCCAGUUUACCCACAUUUUUAGAUGCCAUGGUGUAAAAUAUGGGAAAUAAUUUGAAUAUAUUGAAAUGGAAAAAGUCUUGAUGUUUUCGGGAUGCUGAAGUUAUUUGUCAUAAUGUGAUUUAUUGUCACAUUUGCAAUAAUCACGUGUUUGUCCCAUCAGCGGAUCUGGUGAAUGAAUUUUCAUGCAUGAAUAAACUAUUUUAGGAAAAGA